AUGUUGAGCACUCCUUUUGAAGGCAACAGUUUACACUGGGUUAAGAUGUCUCAAAAUGUUCAGGUUAAGAAAGAAGAUAAUGCUAAGAUAGAAGAUGCACCUCAGUUUGAUUGCUUUCCUCUUCGAGCAUGUACAAAAGAGGAUAUCGAAGAGACGAGGUAUCAUAUUAUGAAGUUCCAUAGCGUGAAGAGGGUUGAUCCAUUGAAGGAUUUUGAGCAGCCCACGAGAUUACAUAGAAAGGACCCUAAAAACUUUCAAUUUCAAAUGUCUAUGAAGGAAUUAGAACAGAAGACAAUUGAUGAUCGUGAGAGAGACAUCGAAAGAGUAGAGAAGAGAAAGGAAUAUAUGGAAAAUAAGGGUAUUAAACCCACUGAACUAUCACAGGAGCAAAUCGACGAGAAAAUUGAAUUGGACGGGAUGAGUGAUGAGGAAAGGGCACAAAGAUUGGACGAGAAGAAAAGAGAGGAAGACGAAAUCAAGAGAAAGCAGGAAAAGGAGAACCAAAUGAAGUUAGUGGCACCAGAUGGAGGUGCCAGAAAGACCAAGAGGCAGGUCUUGAAGAAAAAGACAAGGCAGAUUAGGGCUUAUGAUGAGACCAAGAGAAGGUUGAGAUACGAGGAGUUUUAUCCAUGGGUUCUGGAAGAUUAUGAUGCCAAACAAGCAUGGGUUGGCAAUUAUGAGGCUGGCAAUACAGAUAACUACUGCUUACUUGUAUUGGAUAACGCUAAUAAGUGUUUUAAGCUGGUUCCUUUAGAGAAGUAUUAUAGGUUUACUCCUCGAAAUAAGUAUGCUACAUUGACAUUGGAAGAGGCAGAGGCUAAAAUGAACAAAGGAAACACGGGACAACGAUGGCUGAUGAGGAAGAUGGCAGAAGAGGUUGCCAAUGGACAGCGUGUGGAUUUACGUUAUAGAAAGUUCAAGACGACGUCAAGGCCUCAUCAUGAAGAUACAGAAGAUGGUAAAAAGACGGACGAUGAAGAUAUGGAUUAUGAUGAUGAAUUCCAAGAUGAUGAAGAAGCACCAAUUAUGGAAGGAAACGAAGAGGAGAACAAGCUGGUUGAAGGUAAGAUGAAGAAAAAUAUGCUACGAGCCAACAAUUUGAUUGAACAUAGUGAUGAAGAUGAGUCCGAUAUUGAUGAUCUAUUUGAAACCAGAAAGGUUGAUAAGGAGGGUAAGAAGUUACGAAAGGCCUUGGUUCAGAACGCUAUGAACGAGGUGUAUGAUACAGACGACGAAGAAAACAAUCCAUAUUUGUCAGACAGUGAGAUUGAGAAGGAUGAUAGCGAUGAAGAUGAGGAUAAAAUUAUCACUAUCAAAAAGGAGGCCGGAGCUGAUGGUAAGCUCGAAGAGACGGUGACGGUGAAGAAAGAAGGAGAAGAAGGACUUGGAGGUGCAAAACAGAUUUUUGUAUUGAAAGCAUCGGAUGGUGUUGUCACUUUGAGAAUACCAAAGACUAUUCUCUCCCAAUUCAGAGAAGGUGAAUGGAACCCUGAAACUGCUGUUCGAAGAAACCUCAAGAGAAAGUCUCCGUCACCAAGUCCGAAAGCUGGAGAAAGCUACGAAAUUUCCAAAUCUGACGUUGACGAACUCAUCAAAGAUGGACCUAUUUCACUUACAACUCUUGUGAGAUCAUUAAAGAUGAAAAUGAGCAAAGAUCCUAAUGCUAGGACCAAUUUGAAGAAGGUGUUGAAAGAAAGCUUUGUUCUUAAGAACAAGAAGGUUUACAAAAGGCUGUGA